AAAUGGCAAGGGAUUGUUACUUUAAUGUUUGUUUUAGUUUGUGAUGGAUUUUUUUCGCGUUGUUUUAAACCUAAAUUAGACUUUAAUCUUAGUUUAUGUGGUGACGUGUUUCCCUCGACAUCGAUAAUCAUGUGGAGGCACGCAGUCGUGAACAUGUGCCAACAUAACUGAGUUACCACCUAUCGAGAGCAGUCGUACAUUCUACGCUGUAAUACACACAUCUUCACAUCGGAGUAACUCCUAGCUGGAAUCAGCUGAUUUACAAUAGGGGAUUACUUGGGUCUGAUAACCCAGCCUCAGUUGUAUUUUGACAGCUGGAGAGAAAAGAUGACUCUGCUCGACCUACAUUCACGUUUUACUAAUGUCGAGGGAAAUAUGAUUGAGUCUCAAGAUUACAACAGUUUUAGCAUAUGGAGAGCCAACUGCCAUGAAUACCCAGAAGGGGAAGAAAUGAGCACCCAGCAAUCAACUACAAUGACAGAAUUAGGUGCAGACAAUGUACACCUCAAAAUACUGGUGCCCAGCAUUGCUGCCGGAGCCAUCAUUGGCAAGGGAGGGGAAACUAUUGCAGCAGUACAGAAAGAAGCUGGUGCCCGUGUUAAAAUGUCAAAAGCUAAUGAUUUUUAUCCUGGCACCACAGAACGUGUUUGUCUCAUUAUGGGUGGUGCCGACGCCGUCAGAAAAGUUCACAAUUUUAUAAUGGAAAAAAUACGAGAAAAACCUGAUCCCAAUCCAAAACCAGAGGUCUCCAAAAAUAACUUUGAGAGACAUAGACAGGUAACUGUAAUCAAUGUAAAGAUUCUUGUUCCAAACAGCACUGCGGGUAUGAUAAUAGGCAAGGGAGGUAACUAUAUCAAACAGAUCAAAGAAGAGAGCGGUGCUUACGUUCAAAUCUCCCAAAAGUCAAAAGAAACUAAUCUACCUGAAAGAUGUAUAACAGUGGCAGGUGAUUUAGAAAAUAAUAAAAAAGCUGUGGACCUGAUAUUACAGAAAAUUGUUGAAGAUCCACAGAGUGGUAGUUGUCCAAAUAUAAGCUAUGCAGAUUACACCGGCCCGGUGGCAAGUGCGAACCCAACAGGGUCACCGUUUGCCAACACAAACUUCAUGCAGAACCAAACACAAGAAUUAACUGGUGUUAGUAAUAACAAUUUUGCUGGUGGUGCUACAUUUGGUUUCGGAUUUAAUCCAAAUGCAUUCGGAGGUAAUAUGGGAGGAGUACCAAAUAUGAAUAUAGGAAGUUUAUUAGCAGGCGGAGCGAUAACUCCUGCUGCAUUAGAAAAUUUAAGAAUGACAUUGAGAAGUAGUGGUUACUCGGACCAGGCUACAGAAGAAAUAAGUUCUGCUAUGAACACGCUUGCAAAUUAUGGUAUUUUAGGAAUGGGAGUAAACAUGGGUGGACAGCAACAGAAUGUUCAGCAGGCUCAACAGAUGAGUCUGACUAGUGCACAAGCGCAGGGGAUGAUGACAACAGCAGCUGGUACUCCGUCACAAAAUCCCCAGCAAGGUUAUAUGAUGAGUACUCCCACAUCAUCUGGAAGUCUUUUUGGACCAGUUGGUAGCGGAUCAUCAGGUUUAGGAAGUUCAGGGUCAACGGCGGCCAACUCUAGUCUGUUUGGAAGCUCUUCUCCGAGUAUGCAGCAGGAGCGAUAUGGUGGAAGUCCAAUGUUGAACGAAUCAUAUACAGCCCCUGGCUAUCCAGGUGCACAACCAGGAUUUGCUCCGCAGCAAUUAGCUGGGGAGAGAUCACCAAGUAUAAACAUCAACCAGAAUUCAUUUGGUUUGGGAACUGGAAUGUAUAGUCCUACUGAAGGGGACAAAUCAGCCACGGCUAAACAAGAUUUAGAAGUUCCAGAAAGUAUAGUAGGGGCCAUUUUAGGCCCAGGUGGAAAAGGAAUUGUUGAAUUACAGCAGUAUACUCAAACCAACAUACAGAUCUCGAAGAAGGGUGUUUAUAUGCCUGGCACGAGAAAUAGAAUUGUUACCAUUACUGGAACCCCAAACAACAUCACUAAAGCACAGUAUCUUAUACAACAACGUAUACAACAAGAAGAAAUUAAACGCGCUAGACAAGCACAAGCUUCUGCUCGCUAGGAUUUAUAUAAUUUCUUAGGCUUUAAAAACUGAUUUACACCAAUAUUUAAACUAACAUUAACUUCUCAUCAUUUUUGUGUAACUCUUGAGGCAUAGUCAAGUGCACUACAGUGGCGAUAGAUUCGCCAUAGACUCUUCUGAUAUUCUUUUGUAGCCAUGGUGACCUGAACUCACUUGUGCAUGCCAUUUUGAUUUGAUGUUGAUGUAAUAGUUUCACCUGCAUGCUUUCGUCUAUUAUAGUGGACUAUAUAAAUUAUUCAAGUGGACUUGCGGUUAUUGUGCAUAUGUAUAUACAUAGGAGUAUAGGUACAGAUCUCUCUUCGCCAUUUCUUAGUACACAUGUACUUAAACCAUCACAGAGCAUCGUAAUCAUCACAGAGGAUUGGUUCAUUUUUAUCAUGGAAUGUUCCAUUUUUUUUCGACUUGAGGUAAUGGAGGAUGUAGUUAUUAUUAUGAUGUGUAAAUAUUACAAGAGCUGUUUCAGGAGUCAUGGGUAGUACACCCAUGUGUUUUAGUUUGUCAUAAGUGAUAGCAUAGCAUUUUAUCUUGCAUAAAUAAGCACCUAAAACAGUGACUGUUUUAUUCAUGAUUGUUGUGGAAUUUUGUUUUGUUUCUCCACUUUAAAAUUAUUAUUGAAUUAAUUUCUAGGGAUGAAUACACUGUAUGCAUUGUAGUUAGAGGUUUUUUUUGUUUAUAGUAGUUAUUCAAUCUAAAUAUAGAUAUUGUAUUAUGAUAUAUACAUAUUAUAUAGACCUAUGAAUAGGAUAAUAUAAUAAUUUGUUAAUAUAUAAUUGUUUAGUCAAAUUUGUUAAAUCUUAUUUAAGUACCUUGUUAUGGAGCUAAUGUUUUACAGACUUAUGUAUAAUCACGAUUCUCGUGCGUUUUGCGUGUGUGGUAUCUAUAUUAAUUUAAUACCAGCCCAAGUGUGGCUCUUGUGUAGUAUUUUUGUCUUUUUUUAUCUUUUUUUUUUUUUUUAAUUAGUGAUAACCCACAUUGUUAAGCUAUUGCUACAGACUAUAAGACACUCACUAUUCAACAGCAUGGCAUUCUGGGAGAUCCACUGAAAGUAAACAAGCACUUAAUUUGUGAAGAAAUUGCAGUAGUUGGGGUUUUGCUAUCACUAAAAAAUAUGGUAUCACAUUUUUUUUUUACUAUUAAUUUUUCCCCCCAAAUUCACAUUUUUUUUGAUAAAACAAAAUCAGGUUUGCAAUUGUAAAAAAGAGCACUAUGUACUGAUGAUAAUCAGUAAUAGUUUAGAAAAAUAAAGUUGUCGUUUUUGUAUAGUUGUAAACUGAGCUGGAUAUUUUUUUUGUUUUGUACAACUGAAGUAACCUCAUUCUUGUCUGUGUUAGAGGCCGAUGUUAUAACCAGAAACUAUGUAUUGUUUCUUAGAAACAUGUAACGGGUAGCUGUUUAUUUCUGUUUACUUUCGUGUGAGCCGACUAGAACAUGUUAUUUUCCCUUUCUCCCUUAUACUUCAAUCCUGGUCAUUGAUUUUUUUCCAGAAAUAUUUCUAUAACUAACUGCUGCCGUUCUCAGGCAGCGACCUACGGAUAAUUUCCUUGUCUACGUUUUUACUUGCUUUUAUCAAGAUGCAUAGUGACUGUAAUGUUGAGAAAUAUUGUUUUUAGUUCUUAAAUGAUUGAAGUAUUAGGGAUAUUUCUUCUUUUUUUGCCUAUUUUUGUUUCACUUUGUUGUUAUAGAUCAUAUAAAACAAUGCACAUUAGUUUUAUUCGUCAAAUAAUAUUUAUCUUCAACAACAACACUAUGAGUUUCUCUUGAAACACUAAGAAAGAAAAUUUACAAUAAUGGGCAAAAACAAAAUUAUGAAAUCAAAGAACUUGUUGAUAAUUUUAAUAUUUGAUGAUUAGAAGUAGUGUACUUGGUGUUAUAUCUUAUUAAAAAAAAUAUUGAUAACUUCAGCCCAUGUGUUUAUAUGUCAUUAGCUAUUAGCUAUUCAUUGAUAUUGUUAUUCAUCACUCAGAAUCAAGCCAGUGUUAAAAUAUUACUGCUCGCCAGAGUUUAGGCAGCUAUAAGUUGUUUUUACAAAAAUAUGGAAGAGGAGAAAGAGUUUAUUUUACCUUGGGUUAUGCAUAGCAGUAUUUGGCUGGUGUUUUUUUUCCUGCAAAUCAAAUGUGAUUUGUGCUGUAUUACAUAGCAAACUUCAAAUUUUAAAGGCACAUUGGGAAAUUAAGUAAAAAGAUUAUGAUUUUGACAUUAAAAGAUACAAAAUGAGCCUUCUUUUGGCUGUAUGAAACUGACAAUACAUUCUGAAUAUCCAGUUCCCCAGAAUUUGAAGUUUAAAAAUGACUUACGAACUAAUGGGAUUUUAUUAUGAAUAGUAGAUCAGUUGCAUUGUUACAGAAUUACUAUUUAGCUGCUUAAACUUUGUUGAGUAGUGUAAGAAAUACAUAGUCCGUUGUCACCAGCUACUAGGUCUUUCAGAUCAUUUACCUGGAAACGUGGUCAGUGCACGUGAUAUAUGUGGUCAGUGCACAAGAUAUAUUUGGUCAGUGCAUAUGAUAUACAAUGCAAACAAUAAAUGCAUGUGAUAUAUGUGGUCAGUGCAUUUGAUAUAUUCAUUCAGUGCACUUAAUGUGUUUUCAGUGCACAUGAAAUGUUGUCAGUGCACAGGAUAUAUGUUCUCAGUGCAUGUGAUAGUUGUGUAAGGAUGAUUGAACAUGGAUGCUAGAAAGGGGUGGGGUGGGGGUGAAACUAUGAUACCAGCUUGGUAUAAUAUAUACAUAGCAUCGCUUAAAGCUAUUAAAACAACUGUGAUAAUCAUUAUUAAAUGUUAAUAUAUCACCAGUAUAAACAUACAACCUGAAAUGGGCCUGCCUUUUCUCAUUCACAUUAAUAAUCACAAUUUUAAAUGUUUUAUUGAAUUUUAUUAUAAGAUUAUAACUUUAUGAUUGUUUGAUCAAUAUUUUAGCCUUCAUAAGGUCAUACAUGUAAAUAUAGCAUCUUGUUUCAUCCAGAAUUUUGUACCAUCCAGAAAAUGUGCUAGUUGGUGCAGUCCAUGUUGAUACAACAUACCUCUAUAUAGGUUGUGCCAUAGGCUCAUUGAAACAACACUGUUUUAGAUUUUAUGAAUUUACAAUAAAAAUUGUUUUAGUUAUAUUUUGUCUCAGUAAACAGAAGAGAAAAUUCACUUUUAAAAGUUUUAGAGACCACAAGCAUUGUCCUAGAAUUUCAUUUCCAUUCAAUUGUAAUUUUUCUAUGCAAGUUAGUUCUAUUUUGCAGAGAUAUUUAUAAAUAACUAUAUAUGACUUAAAAGGAGAGAACCCCACCCCUAGCACUGUUUGUUGUACAAGGGAGACAACUCCUGGAUAGAAGUGAGGUUAUGUGUGAAUACAUUAUUGUUUCAUUACUUUUACAGGGAUUAUAUACGUUAUUAUUAUUUAUUUUUUUCUAAUAGACCAAGAAAUUUCUUCAACAAAAGAAAAAAGAAAACGAGAAAAAAAGCUUAGAUGCUAGAAUUUUCAAGUGCUUAACUAGUACUAUUUCUUGGUCUAUUGGUGUUGGUUUUUUUGUUUGUAAAUAGAGAGAUAUCAUUAUAAGAAGUUACUGUACAUUUAUUCAAGACACUUCUUGUAUUAGAAUUAUAUUUGAAAAUGAUUUAUCUAUUCAGAAAAAGUAAUAUAUAGUGCUUUAUAUUUACUAAUUUUAUGCUUGUUUCGUUUUAAAUUUUGUUUUGCUAAGAACUGAAGCAUAAGACAGUUGCUGAGAAUUGUCAGUUAUGUAGACAAACCAGUUACAUACUAGUUCUUGCAUUUGAACAUUAUCUGUAUAGUUAAUGAUUGUUACAGAGUCAGAUUAGUUUGUUUUACCGCACAAUCUUGUGAGGGCUUUCAUAUGAAAAUGUUAGAAAAUAGUAUUACUACAUUUCGUUCAUGUGAUUAUUUUAACAAACGUGGUAAUUUGUUAGUUACCAGCAUUUUUCAUAUAAUGUUAAUUUCUGUUACAGUUGUAAAACAGUUAAUUAAUCAAGCUGUAUUCAGUUAGGUUUAACCAGAUAUUACAGCUGAAGACAGUCAAUUCAUACCAGCAUUUACAGGCAGCAACUCAUUUCCAAGGUUCUGUAGAAACUGCUAGGUUUAAAUAAAUUUUUUAAUGAUCAGGUAAACUUCAGGAAUUACUGUAUUAGUUACUUCACCCCACCCACACAGAUGACCUUCAUUUUCUUAUCUUAGUUACUCAUAAAUAGUCAUGACCUUCUCUAAAAAGAAAAUAAAAAGAUCACACAUUGUAAAAUUUCUUAUUUGCAUUUUCAGAUAUUUCAAGGUCAUACUAAUAUGACUUAAAUCAUUGAAGAUGACCAUUAAUUAAUUAAUUUUUGAUUACCCUUUAAUUGAAAAGCAUUAAUUUUGUAUUUUAGAUAAACUUACAUAUUACCCCAUUGGGAAUAGAAAUUAAUUCUAGAAUCUACUGUCUCAGUUCAUACAGUUACCUGGUGCAUUAGGCUGCCUGCAACUGAUGCAUGAAAAUUCAGCAGGAACUUAUGGAAUGGAUAUUGCCUGCAGUGACAUUGGCUGGAGGUUGUUCGUUUGUAAAAGCUUUCAGUUAUCGGUGUUGUUUAAUUGUUAAGUGCAUGAAGAGAAUUCAGAACAUAACUGGACAAGUUUAUAGGUACAAAUAGUAUCAAAGGUAGUUAAUUCUGAAUUAGCAACUGAAUGGAAGUGAUUUAGAAAUGCUACAGUUUUCUACCAUGUAUCAUUUUAUUCAGAUUUUGAAGUUCUUUAGGACUUACUUCAUUAUAUUUAUAGUAAAUGUUAAUCCAUUAGAUGGUUUUUACCUGCAAAUAAUUUUUAGGUUUUCUGACUUUAUUAUUGUUUAAUUGUAAUUUUAGAGAAUUUUUGAUAGUUUAGCCUCGAAAAUAUUAUUUCAGUCAGUCAUAUUGAUACAACGUCUAUAGAAUUCUCAUACAGAAAUUGUUUAAAUAUGUGUAUACAUUCAUCAGACAAAAUUGAGAAAAUCUAAGAAUUAUUUGUAUGGUGUUGUUUAUUGUUUAUAAUUACAUCCCUUUAUCAGUAAUGAUCAUUAAUGUAUGUAUCACUUUGACCUCAGAUCUGUUCAUCAAGCCAGUCUGUAUACUCCCAGUCUCAUUUUUCUUUGAUAAAGAAUAAAAAAGGAAACAUUUGUAUUUGCUAACUUGUAUGACUAGAUUUUUCUUGACAAGAAUUGUAGUCUAAAUUGGGUUUACGGUCAGCAUAUCUGUAAUAUUGUUGUUUGCUGUAGAAAUGUGAAAAUAGCAGGGUCUGCAGACUGGUUUGUUUUCACAUAUUUUCAUAGUGUGUUUGGACCGGUUCUCCUGGUAUGUUCUGGACCAGUAGACUGGUUAUUUAGGACUUGUGUAUGUGGUAUUUGCAUUUAUAUCUCCAUGACGUCUUGUUUUGUUACUAUUUAUAGAUCUGAGGAUCAUGAAACUUUUCUUUUUCGUUGUGCCAGUCAGGCAGUGUUUCUCAAAAGUAACAUCCUUUAAAAUCGUGUUGAAAUUUAAAAAUUUUCCAUUGACAGCUGUUUGGAAAUUGAUAUUAGUGAAAAGAAAUGAAGAAAAUGAAGAUUAGACUACUUAAUUUGGUGACAAGAUUAUAUGCAAAAUGCACUGAAGUCUGUGACACUGAAGAAAAUGUAAAAUGUUACUUUUAUGAACAUCUUUCGACUGUUUUGGUUGGUUACCAAGCUGGGUGCAUUAUAUAAAAUUUAAUGCAAGAUUUCUAAGAAUUGUGCAUGAUUUUCACUUGGACUCGAGUGAAAAAUAAUCAAGGCGACUCUUGGAAUAUUGUCUUGUGUUGUUGGUAAAAUACCUCGCAAUACCCUGCGUAUUUAACAAAUGUGAUAGGAAGGUGAAUCAUCAUUUUACAUACUGUUGUCACCAGCCAUGAUUUAUCACCACAUAAAAGAUCUAUUUUAACUCUUACAAGCUUAAAUUUAGAAAAGUUAAACCUUUAAUUGUGGUUUUUAUCCAAGCAAAAUACUUUUUAUUGUCAUUUAAUCUUGGUUCAAAUGGGCAUUUGUUUAAGAUAUUCUUUAAAGCUUUAUUUACAUGUGACCUUAAGUGAUAAGUCAUGGCGUAACUUUCAUCUGUAAGAAUACCGUUGGUUUGUGCCAAAUAACAUUCCUCAUUAAUACACAGGUAGAUUUUACUUAGCUAAUCAUGGGAAUUUCACAUUUGUUAUUAUCUAUUUAUUUAUUUAUUUAUAAGACUGUGAUAAACUCUUCAAUUUUUGCAUAGAAAGUAAAUUCAUCUGUAACAGUUCACACCCCACAUCCUCUGACUGGGUUCAAAUGGGUGUGGUCACCAUUAAAUGUAGUUAGUUUCUCACACAUUUUUCUCUCAUGACUUCCCCCUCCUUAUAAAGAGAACCAUUUUUUUUUGCACAAAACAAAGUUACUAAGUCUUUCAGUAAUGUGCUACGUUUGUUGCGUCAUAAGUUUCACAUUUGUUAAUACAUUUUCUGUGAAGUGGUUGGCUGUCACUGCUUGAUUUGAUCAAACCAUCGUAAUUCCAACUUUCUGUGAAAGUAAACUACCAUCAAGCUGUUAACUAGAAGUCCAGUCUUUUAUCACUUAUUUAUUACAUCAUAUUUUUCAGUAUUUAAUAUCAUAUACUUCUUGACUUGAAAAGUCAUUCUUUGUAGACUAUUACAUUGGAACUAUAGGUGGCAAAUUUUCGAAUGUGAUCUUGUUUCAUACAAGGACAGUCAACCAUUGUAAAUUCCACACAGCAAAAUAGAGGUGGAAACAAAAUAUUAUGAAAAAAUAUUCAUUUUUAACAUCAUUUCAUUUUCGAUGGUAUAAUAUCUGGUUGUCUUAACAACCGUUGUUAUGCCUGGUAGUCAUGGAAAUGUGGUUAUGCAGAUAUUCCUGCAAAUACCAAACUGCUCACCUGUCAGAUUGUCUUAAAGGGAAUAAAAACUUGGGCUGAAUAGAAACACAUUUCUUCGUUUUCAUUUAUCCAACAUUAAUUGUGUUAUUGUUGUAUUUAUUUCACUAUAAUAUUAAACAAAUUGUAAGCUGACCUGAAUAAAAACUCUCAGAAAGACAA